AACUUUUGAAAAUUCACCCAAUUUUGUUUUUGUUCAUCUUUAACUUGGCUUAUAAAGUGUCUAUCACUUGCAUCACUAUCUACAUGGCCUUGUUCAUCCCUCGACAGAAGAAGACGCUGACGGGCGGUGUGCCAACGAGGACGUUGAGCCCUGAAAUGACACAGGAAGCUGAUCUUCCUGGCUUUAGAUUCCACCCCACGGAAGAAGAACUCCUUGAAUUUUACCUGAAACAUGUGGUUUCUGGCAAGAAGCUGCAAUUUGAUCCUAUUGGGACUCUUAAUCUUUAUCUCCAUGAUCCUUGGGAGUUGCCUGGAUUGGCAAGGAAUGGAGAGAGGGAGUGGUACUUUUUUGUGCCAAGAGAUAGGAGGCUAGGUGGGGGUGGGAGGCCAAACCGAACCACGAGGAACGGUUACUGGAAAGCCACUGGGUCCGACCGAAAAAUCGUUAGAAUAUCGGAUCCGAAACGACUCGUUGGGUUGAGAAAGACACUUGUGUUCUACUUAGGAAGAGCGAGUAGAGGAAGUAAGACUGAUUGGAUCAUGAAUGAGUAUCGUUUUCCUGAUAACUCUCCGUUGUCGAAGGACAUGGUACUAUGCAAAAUCUAUAGGAAAGCAACUUCGUUGAAAGUCCUAGAGCAAAGGGCAGCCAUGGAGGAGGAAGAUGCUAGGCUUUUUCAAGCUUCUUUGCAAAUUCCAUCGGAACUGGACAACCUGACUGAGCCUCAAGUUCCAAACCUGAACAUGGACUGGUCCCAAGACCUAGUUUGGACCCAAUUCUGUAGCCCAUGGCUCCAAACUUUGACCCCAUCUGCUAGUUUGCUCAAUUUCCAAUGUUUUCACCGAGAGCUCGGUUAUUUGUUCUAAAUCUCGAGUGUCUAGUGUCACAGUCAUGCUUAUCAUGCCUGUAUCAUGUCAAACUCUUAUCUUGCUUUUAUGUUGUAUUAUUUUAUCAUUUCGGUAAAAUCAUGUCUAUUCUUACCAGACAUGAAA